UUAAAUUUUAGUGAAGGUCUUGCCGCUCAGUUUUUUAUCAGAAGAGAUAUAGAAGUUCAACGUAAUAUACUACAGAAUAAUUUUGGUUUAACAGACGAAGACAUAAAUAGUUGGGGACCAAGGGCCUCUCGUUAUCAAAUGACUCCAGAAAGUUUUGCUUUUUUUUUUACACACUGCUAUAUAUUCUGCCGUAGAGGGUUAUGCCGCAGCAAAGCGUUUAACGGCUGAUAGAAGAAAUAUGUUGGCAACAUCAAUAGCAGAACAUGUGACUUCUAUGGAUUUGAAACAGCAAAAAAUAGAAGAAGAGAUCCAAAAAGCAAAAAAGCGUUAUUUGGAGCGAUCUCCUGAAAAGGAAAAAUCUAAGACGGGAAUAAAGCACAGGUCUAAAAAAGAUAAGAAAAAAAAGAAAAAAGCCCAACGCCAUGAUUCUGAUUCAGAUUUCACUUACCAAUAUGGGAAUUUAGGGGAGAUACCUGUAUGGUGGUUUCCAGCUAAGUGGACUCUCAAAGAAAGAAAACAACGCGAGAAGUUCCAAGCUACGAUUAGAAACAUUCUAGAUUCUAUGACAUUAGCAGCUUUAUGGAAGGAUAGCUGUCCACAUUCAUUCCUUUCUGCCAUAAAAGCAUUAGAUAAUCAAUAUACUUGGGAACAAGUAAACUUGUCUUGGAAUCGACACGUACCUCCAAAGCAACCAACAAGGUCACAAGGUAAUAAUACCAACAAGAACCAAAGAAUUUCAGGAAGUCAACAGACCCAGAAAAAACAGCAGAAUUCUAAGAAGAAUUCUAAGAAGAAACCACAAGAGACAAAAUCUGAUAAAAAAUCCAAGAAGGAUAAAAAAGACAAGUCCCGUAAAGCAUCGAGAUCAAAGAUCUUAGCGGAAAUUAUAGAUGUUUUGCGUAAAUUAAUUUAGUUUAGAUUAAUUUAGAUUUCACAAAUUUAUUAUUUUAUUUUACUUGGUGCGAUAAAUAAAAAACUAAUUUUAUCUUAAUCAGGUUUUUAGGGCGAAGGAAAUAGGUCAUUUUCCCAAAUUGAGGAUU